CUUUACUUGUGCGGGUCAAGGUCACUUAGACAAGCACUUCUGCGAAUGUACGACGAACAGUCAGAAUAAGUUGGCAACAAAAUGUGGACCCGGCAAUUCUCUCAAAAACUAUUUGCGCUUGUUCGAUCAAGCACAUCACCUUACUCGUGCAGGAAUGCACAUGCACAGAAAUCUGAGGUGUCAGAUCGGUUUGUGCAAGCCCUGUCUGAUGUUGUCGGAGGUUCAAAUGUUUCCACUGCAAUGGCAGUGAGAGAACAGCAUGGGAGGGACGAGUCGUAUCAUGAAUGCUCCCCACCAGAUGUUGUUGUGUUUGCUGAGAGCACGGAGCAUGUGAGCCAGAUUGCCAAGCUGUGUAAUGAUAAUGAGGUCCCGCUCAUCCCCUUUGGCACAGGGACAGGCUUGGAAGGAGGGAUCAAUGCUUUCAGGGGUGGCGUGACUCUGGAUCUGAGUAAGAUGGAUAAGAUACUGUCAGUGCAUCAGGAGGACUUUGAUGCAGAAGUAGAGGCAGGGGUGUCACGUCAAGGGUUAAACGCCUACCUUCGUGACACAGGAUUGAUGUUCCCAAUUGAUCCGGGAGCAGACGCCUCUCUGUGUGGAAUGUGUGCCACCAGUGCGUCAGGCACCAAUGCAGUGAGGUACGGGACGAUGAGGGAGAACGUCCUCAACAUGGAGGUCGUGAUGGCAGACGGCAGAGUUAUAAACACAGCUGGGAAGGGCAGACGUACAAAGAAGACAUCUGCAGGCUACAACCUGACGAACCUGUUUGUGGGCUCCGAGGGCACCCUGGGCAUCAUCACCAAGGCCACACUACGUCUCUAUGGCAUACCUGAAGCAACCGUUUCGGCCGUGGUCCACUUUGAGACAGUCCAGGGGGCAGUGGACACGACUGUCAACGUCCUGCAGUGUGGCAUCCCCAUGGCCAGAAUAGAAUUCUUGGAUGAAGUUACUAUUGAUGCCUUCAACAAGUACAGCAAGUUUGACAUGAAAGUGGCGCCCUCUCUCUUCCUGGAGUUCCACGGGCCUGCCAGUGGCCUGGAUAACCAAGUCAGUGUUGUGGAGGAACUGUGUCAGAUGAAUGGCGGCUCGGACUUCCGCUGGGCCAAGGAUGCUGAAGAGAGAAACAGACUGUGGAGGGCCAGGCAUGACAUCAUCUAUGCGUGUAUGGCUCUGAAACCAGGAUCAAAGCCCUAUUCAACUGAUGUCUGCGUGCCCAUCUCCAGACUGCCUGAAGUCAUCCUCAAGUCUAAGGAUUUCAUCAAUGAAGCGGGAGUAAUAGGCCCCAUAGUUGGGCAUGUAGGAGACGGCAAUUUCCACGUCUUCUUCCCAGUUGACCGCACUGACCCUGAAGACGUUCAAAAGGUCAAGGACGUUGCUGUUAAAAUGGCCAAACUCGGUCUGUCUAUGGAUGGGACUUGCACAGGGGAGCAUGGUAUAGGCAUCGGCAAGAGGAUGUUGCUUCGGGAGGAGAUCGGCGAUACAACUCUAGGGGUCAUGCAGCAACUCAAGACAACCUUUGACCCAAAGGGUAUACUUAACCCUGGCAAGGUCUUGGUUUAAGGACAUAAUUCCACAGACUGAAGAAUAGUCAACAGAACUCAGUCUUGUCAAUCGAUGAAUAAUGAACUGAGGUGAAAAUUUAAAUAGUAAACUUGUUGUUGACUUAUGACACAAUUGUACAAUAAGCAAUGAUUUCAAAUGAUAUUGUAUCAUAUACUUGGGAUUACUUUAUACAGGUUUGUCAUCAUACAUGCUCGGCACGUGUAGACUCAUAGUGGAUCGAAUAUCCAUCAUGUGGACAUAUGAUGACAAAGUAGUGGUAUAUGUUGGUUGUUGUCAUGAGUCAGCUGAUAAUGUAACUGAAACCACUCAAAUAUUCAGUUCACUUGUACCUGACUGUAUUAGAUAUUUUGUGAGAACAGUUUGAAUAUUUAUAGGAUAUAUUUGCCACAUUUGUAUUUACUGGUUUUUGUUAAUACUGACAAAGUAUGUGGAUGCAUGAUAUGUGCCUUAUCAGUUAUAAGCCACUCCAAACGGUGGUUUCUGCAGACAAUAAAUGGCAGUUUUUUCGUCUCCCUGCAAAUCGCUGCACGGUGAUCCAGAUAGCUGCAUGUUUGGGUCAGAUGUGAGUUGCUUGUUGACGUAAACACGUUAGAACUUACAAACUCAAACGUUUAACUACACACUACAUUAUUGCCCAAUGUGGCCUUGGAUUCCUGUAUUUGUUUGCAGACCUUUAUUUAGUGAUUGAACACAGCCCCACCUGUACAUGAACCUCUGCUUACAUGGGUUCCAACAGGGUACUGAAGGUCUGCAACUUGCCUCACAUGCAGUUGUAUAACUGAAUUAAGUACACUCAUUAAGUUUGUUAUGCUUUAUUCUUUAUGGCAUCAGUUUUCUGGAAUGUAUUCAUUGUUUGUUACAGACUGCUCAUGAUGUUCUGUGAUGGUGGUUUUGUGUGUUGGUGGUAUUAUAUUCUUUCUUUGUAUGGCUUUUUCUUUUGGCUUUGGGGAAAUACAGGUUGGAAAACAGUGAAAUACUCCACAGUUAAUUGCAGCAUAAAUACCUCACUGAUACACUCAGGAGAUCUCAGAUAUUAAACACACAAAAGAGAUAUAGUGAAGGAUUUGUUUUCGGGUUGUGAGAUAUUGAACUCCUGUAAUGAAGCAUUUAGUCUCGAUGUGUGAGAAACAUGAUAGCGAUAUUGCAAAGUAUUUGUGAGACUAAGGACAUGGCCUACCUUCAGCUCGUAGACAUGCCCUUCAGUCCAUCUACCUCUGUAGCAUGCAUAAAAUAACUCAUUCAUGGAGACAGGUACUCCAUUACGUUUAACAUGUCAUGUGUAGAUACACAAUCAGGUUGGCAACAAUUUUAUGUGGUGCCUUUAUGUGGUGAGCUCAGGAUUUGACAAGUAUGCUGGUCAAGUGAGAUGAGUAUAUUGGUCCCCAAGACAAGUAUGCUGGUCCGCUAGACAAGUAUGUUGGUCAAGUGAGAUGAGUAUAUUGGUCCCCAAGACAAGUAUGCUGGUCCGCAAGACAAGUAUGUUGGUCAAGUGAGAUGAGUAUAGGUCUGCUGGACAAGUAUGCUGGUCUGCUGGACAAGUAUGCUGGUCAAGUGAGAUGAGUAUAUUGGUCCGCUAGACAAGUAUGCUGGUCAAGUGAGAUGAGUAUAUUGGUCCGCUAGACAAGUAUGCUGGUCCGCAAGACAAGUAUGCUGGUCAAGUGAGAUGAGUAUAUUGGUCCGCUAGACAAGUAUGCUGGUCCGCAAGACAAGUAUGCUGGUCAAGUGAGAUGAGUAUAUUGGUCCGCUAGACAAGUAUGCUGGUCAAGUGAGAUGAGUAUAUUGGUCCGCUGGACAAGUAUGCUGGUCCGUUAGACAAGUAUGCUGGUCAAGUGAGAUAAGUAUUGGUCCACUAGACAAGUAUGCUGGUCAAGUGAGAUAAGUAUUGGUCCACUAGACAAGUAUGCUGGUCAAGUGAGAUAAGUAUUGGUCCACUAGACAAGUAUGCUGGUCAAGUGAGAUGAGUAUAUUGGUCGGCUAGACAAGUAUGCUGGUCCGUUAGACAAGUACGUUGGUCAAGUGAGAUGAGUAUUGGUCCGCUAGACAAGUAUGCUGGUCCGCUAGACAAGUAUGCUGGUCAAGUGAGAUGAGUAUAUUGGUCCGCUAGACAAGUAUGUUGGUCGGCUAGACAAGUACGUUGGUCAAGUGAGAUGAGUAUUGGUCCGCUAGACAAGUAUGCUGGUCCGCUAGACAAGUAUGCUGGUCAAGUGAGAUGAGUAUAUUGGUCCGCUAGACAAGUAUGUUGGUCAAGUGAGAUAAGUAUUGGUCCGCUAGACAAGUAUGCUGGUCAGGUGAGAUAAGUAUAGGUCUGCUGGACAAAUAUGCUGGUCAAGUGAGAUGAGUAUUGGUCCACUAGACAAGUAUGCUGGUCAGGUGAGAUGAGUAUAGGACUGCUUGACAAGUAUGCUCGUCAAGUGAGAUGAGUAUAUUGGUCCACUAGACAAGUAUGCUGGUCAGGUGAGAUGGGUAUAGGUCUGCUAGACAAGUACGGUAUGCUGGUCAGGUGAGAUGAGUAUAGGUCUGCUGGACAAGUAUGCUGGUCCAUCAGACAAACACUAGUAAUGGUAAAUAUUAAUUAGGACCAGUAACUUGAAAUCAAGGCUGUCCAAAUUGCUUGUGCUAAAUAUGAAAGUGACUUUUUGUUUUUGAAAAGAAUGAAAGAACAGUAAUUGAUAGAGUAUGUGUGCAAAAACGAUGAUAAUGUGGCACAAUUGUUUUAACCAAAUGCUUUGCUAUCUAACACAUUUUCUAUGGGACCAGUGAUUUUCCUGUGACAUGUGCCCUGUUGCCCAUGAAACAGGUGAGACCCUGUGAUCUCCAGGGACGUGCUGUUCAAUCAAUCAUGGGCACAAGCACAGCUAAGUCAUGUGCAUGCAGCUCAAAUAUUAUUCCAAGCAUGUUAAACAGUACCGCUAUGUCAUCAUCAGGGUGACUUUGUACACAUGAAAUCAUAAGGUCACCUUUAUAUCACAAAAAAAGUUCUAUUACAAAACAAACAAUUUCGUUGGUCGGAUGAAUUUUGGUUGUUGAUUAUCCAACCACUCCAGCCCAAAUUCACAAUUUUACUAAUUAAAAUAAAGAAGAAGUGCAUGUUAAGAAUGAAAUAAAUCACAAUCGUCACUGCUGGUCAUCAGGGCAGUUUACAUCAAAAAGUGCAAUUAUGGAAUGGAUUAUAACUAUGGCCAAAAUAUAUACAGUCAAACACCGUUGUGUUGAAGUUGAAGGGACCUACGUAAAUAGUUCGACUUAUCUGAGGUUUGACACAACCGAAAAUGAUAUAUAAAGAAGGAAAGAGGGACCAAGCUUUUUCUAUAAGACAACCAUACGUUUGACACAUUAAAGUUCAACACAGCUGUGUUUGACUUUAGAUAAAACUGUAAAGUAUGUAAAACUAGAAAACUAGAGUUGUGAUUAUUUUAUGGUAGGUAAAUGUUUCUGGUAAUUUCACUUUACUUCUGUAUUUUCCUUGGUCCCAUAGUUGACAAUAGUUGAGGGUACUUAAUCAUGUUGUGUCAGUGUGUGCUGAAACAUGGAAACCAGCUGUAAAUGGGAUUCCUACUUUGUCAACAACUUCAUGAUCUCACAGUCUACUUGGAUGUAUAGAAUUAAUAUUGUGUCAUGUUAAUAGGUUUGCAAAGUUGUCAUUUGAACGACAAAAAUCUUUUCCCGUGUUAGGUCACUUAUCUUACAGACUUUUUUUUCGCAUUUUCCCACAAACUGUAGGAUCUGUUUUUGAUUGAAAUAGAAUUCGAAAAACAAAAUUGAUUUUCACAUGAUCACAUUAAUAAGAGACUUUUUUCUCCUUAUUUACCAAUUUCAAAGUGUUUUUCAUAACUGCAAUUUGUUAACGGAUAGAGAGGAAAAAUUCUUUUGUGAAAUAUUAGGUUGAUGAAUGAGUAUGAAGUACCGGUAAUAUAAAACCAAAUGCCCCAACAUGUCAAGUCAGUAUUGAUGAUGUUGAUUGAAAACUGCUUGGCUGAUACGAUAGUUACAGAAGCAUGGCCCUGAGAUCUGUUGUAUUUAGUCUUUGCUAUUGUUAAUCCCAACUCAACUAAUAGGAUCUUCAUAGUUGCCUGCCAAUGAAUCAUUCAUGUAUCAUAAUCAUUACAUUCCUUAUUGGUAUAGUACCACUGCGAUAGCACUCCUUUCAAAUACUCUGCUUUAAUUAAAUAUUUCUGUAUGAUUCUUUAAAUACCAGUACUGUAAAAUGAAAUUAAAGUUAAAAUUUGUUAAAAGGUUGUGCUGAUGUCAAGAAAUGUGAAUCGACGCAUGUGACUUCAAAUAGAGCUUUUGAAAAUAGGAAUGUGUUCCCGGACAGCUCUUCACUUUGUAAAUGUUGGUAUA